AUGGUUGAAGCACACAGUAUUAAUGCGGAGCACAAAGACUUAAUACACGAUGUUGCAUUUGACUACUAUGGAGAAAGAAUGGCGACAUGUUCUACAGAUCAAUUUGUUAAGGUUUGGGACCAAGAUGAACAAGGUAAUUGGAAUUUGACAGCUAGUUGGAAGGCUCAUAGCGGAUCUGUUUGGAAAGUGACUUGGGCACAUCCAGAGUUUGGUCAAGUAAUAGCAACAUGUUCCUUUGACCGUACUGCCGCCAUUUGGGAAGAAAUAAUGGGGGAAAGUAAUGAAAAUGGAACAUUAUUACGGCAUUGGGUGCGUAGAGCAAACUUAGUUGAUUCCCGCACAUCUGUAACAGAUGUAAAGUUUGGUCCAAAAUCUUUUGGAUUAAUUUUAGCAACCUGCUCAGCUGAUGGAGUAAUGCGAAUUUAUGAAGCCCCAGAUGCAAUGAACCUUGCUCAAUGGCCUUUGCAACAUGAAGUAUCAUUAAAAGUACCAAGUAGUUGUCUCACAUGGAAUCCUUUAUUAUCUAAUUUUAGAACUCCAAAUGCAAUGAUAGCAGUUGGUAGUGAUGAUAAUUCCAAUACUUCAAACAGUAAAGUAUUUAUAUGUGAAUACAAUGAAGUAUCUCGUCGGUGGGCAAAAACUGAAUCUGUAGCUAGUGUAGCUCAUCCAGUACAUGAUAUGAUAUUUGCACCUAAUAUGGGACGAUCAUUUUAUUUGUUAGCAAUUGCUACAAAUAAUGUUCGCAUUUUAAAACUCAAACCAAUUGUUGAUGCUGCUAGUGGUUUCCCCUAUACUAUUGAAACUGCAGCUCAAUUUAAUGAUCAUUUUUGUACAGUCUGGCGUGUUGCAUGGAAUAUAACUGGCACUGUUUUAGCAUCAUCUGGUGAUGAUGGAUGUGUGAGACUUUGGAAAUCAACAGUAGAUACCUGGAAAUGUGUUGGAGUGUUAAAACGUGAUGGAAAAUUGCCACAGCCACAAUCAAAAAAGACCCAAUCAACUGCUCAAAACAAUUUAACAAGGUUCUUCAAACUUGGUCAAAUAACUCAUCCUAGUGAAGUACAUUGGCAUUAA